UUACAGCUCGAAGCGCUCCUCCAAAAACGCCUCAAGCCCUAACCAGUUUCUAUGUUGACCGAGACCCUUUGUGGAACUCUCAUGAGAUCAGAAGUUCCGAACAAAUAUGUCUCACUAAAGGAUGCAUCAAUUCAGCUUCGAAGGCACUUAAUCAGAUGGAUUUAAAUAUUGAACCAUGUGAUGAUUUUUACAACUUCGCCUGUGGUCAGUUCAUACGUAAAACAUCUAUUCCAGAUGAUAAAGUUUCUAUCAAUACUUUUUCGGUGAUCAGAGAUCGUUUGAAAGAGCAACUUUAUACGAUAGUAAGCGAAAAUGUUGCAGAAAAUGAGCCAGAACCAUUCAAGCUAUCCAAACACUUGUUUAGAAUCUGUAUGAACAAAACUCUAAUUCAGAGGAACGGAUUCCAACCACUAUUGACAGCCUUGGACAAUUUAGGCGGAUGGCCAGUGUUAAGAGGCAGUAAAUGGGACAUCAACUCUUCCUGGUCAUGGGCUAAAUCGGUUGGUGACUUCCGACGGUAUGGUUACAGCACUGACUACUUCAUAAGUCUUUCGGUAGGAUCAGAUUUGCAAAAUUCAAAUCGUCGAAUUAUCACAAUAGAUCAAGCUUCUCUGGGCGCUAAUCGUGAAUAUCUAAUCAAGGGAAUAAAGCAUCCAAUAGUAUCUGCUUACUACAGGUACAUGGUUAAUACGGCCGUAUUGCUCGGGGCCAAUAAAAAACGAGCCCAACAGGAUCUGUUGCAAUCAUUGAACUUCGAAAUUGCUCUGGCCAAAAUUUCAAUACCAAAGGAAAUGCGGAGAAACAUUACUGGUCUACAUAACCCGAUGACAGUGAAAGAAUUUCAGCAAAGAUAUCCCUAUACUGAUUGGGUCGAAUAUUUCAACAUAAUUUUCAAGGAUACUGGCAUAUACAUUGACGAAAAUGAAAUAAUCAACGUUAACGUACCAACAUUCAUGGUCGGCUUAGGAUUAUUGUUUAAAAACACAUCGAAAAGAACACUUGCAAACUAUGCGAUGUGGCGAGUUAGUGGAUUUUCUUCGUUCUUCCUCAAUGACAGGCUUCGAAAACAACAGUUACGAUAUACUACUGUAGUUAGUGGGAAACAACAACAUGAGCCUCGUUGGAAGGAGUGCGUAGAUAUUGUUGCUGAAAGUCUAUCGAUUUCCGUUGGUGCAUUGUACAUCAGGAAAUAUUUCCAUAUAGAUUCCAAACAUACCGCUUUAGACAUGGUAAACAACAUUAAGUCAGCGUUUGUGGAUAUCUUGAUGAGUGUUGACUGGAUGGAUGAAAUAACACGACAAUCGGCACUGGACAAAGUCGGAUCGAUGGUUGCCCACAUAGGAUAUCCGGAUGAACUCAUGGACGAUGCAAUUAUUUCUGAAUAUUAUCAUGGUCUCCAGUUCAAAUUGGGUGAGAGCUAUUUAGACACCAUUCUGCAUUUGAACAAGUUCAAGACUACGAAGGCGUUCCAGAGACUUCAUCAAAUAAUUGACAAAACUGACUGGAUCAGACACUCCAGACCAGCAGUUGUCAAUGCUUUCUACUCGUCAAGCGAAAACAGUAUUCGAUUUCCAGCCGGCAUACUUCAGGGACACUUCUUCUCAUACGAUCGUCCGAAGUAUUUAAACUACGGAGCGAUUGGAUUCGUCAUAGGACAUGAAAUUACGCAUGGUUUUGAUGACAAAGGUCGCCAAUUCAACAAAAAUGGUAAUUUGUUCGAUUGGUGGCAGUCCAGUACUAAGAAGGCAUAUCUGGAGAAGGCUCAAUGUAUAAACGAACAAUAUGGUAACUACACGGAACCGAACGUUAGACUGAGCCUCAACGGCGUCAACACCCUCGGUGAAAACAUUGCAGACAACGGCGGACUCAAGGAGGCAUACUAUGCCUAUCAGAAAUGGGUUGAAUGGAAUGGACCCGAACCACAGUUACCCGGGCUCGAUUUCACGCCCCAGCAAAUGUUUUGGAUAUCGGCAGCGCAGACCUGGUGCUCCGUGUAUCGUCCGGAAACAAUGAGCAAAAGAAUAACCACGGGAGUUCACUCACCUGGAAGAUUCCGCGUUAUCGGUCCAAUGAGUAAUAUGGUUGAGUUUGCAAGGGAUUUUAACUGCCCUGCUGGAACACCUAUGAAUCCAGUGAAGAAAUGUAAAGUUUGGUGA